ACUGUUGCAUUUGGAACCACAGCCAACAGAAGUUGAAGAGUCUGGAGGAGUAUAAAAGCCUCUUACUUUUUGAGCCCCAUCCAUACUUUUCCCAAGAAGAAGCUCCCCUAGCCAAAUUCCUCCUGAGCUGAUGCAAUGGCAGCUGAAGCUGGAGUGGAGGAAGCCAUCCUAGAAGAGAAGUUGCAACAUCAAUCAGGAGAUUUAGGAUAUGUACAAAAUCCAAGCUCAUUCAUAGAAAAGGAAGUAAUCGAUUCGAAGGAACAUCAAAAUCCAAUUUCAGUUGUUUUUUAUUACUCUCAAACAAUUGGGCCAAGCCAAACUUAUGGAGCUGAAGCAGCAACAGGUGAAGGCAUUACCAUCGAUGAGAAGGCUAAAAAUGAGAACUUGCACUCCAUUGCUAUUGGAAUACUGGAUAAAUCUGAGGGUGAAGUUUUUGUUGAAGCACCUUCCAGAGAUCAGAUUCCUUUCAGUAAUGAUGCAGAUGUUGAUUUACAUGGUAAUAACUCUGUUGAAGGGAAAAAGGAGGAUUUAGAGAGUGCAAUCUUAGUGAAGAAAGAGAGAGAAAAUGAAGUGCAAGAGAGAAAAGAAGAAAGUGCUACUGAAAACAAUCUUUCUUUGAGUGAGAAAAUGCAUGAAAUUGAAAAAAUGGAAAGUCCUGAGGCUGAACAAGUUCAAAAUCAUGGAACCUUGGAAGAUCAAAUUGAAAAUAGAGAACAGGAAAGUGCAGUUGCAAUGACAAGCCCUGAAAAGAUUGACACAAGGGAAAUAACAGAAAAUGAAGUAGCUAGAAAGGAAGGUAAAAUUGAAGAUUCACUGGACAAGAAGUUGGAAGAAUCCUGUAAAGUUCCAGAGUCAGAAAAUGUGAGACAAGAUGUACCUAGACCAGUGUCUGUAAAUGAGCUUCAUUCAUCAACUGCUGAUGACAAAACUGUUCAAGAUCAAGAAAUCACACACACAAGCAAUGAAAAGGAAACUGUGAUUCAGAAGGAGGACGAAAAUGAUGCAAGGAACUUUAAUGCUUCUCCUUAUUCACAUUUAAGAAAUCAGAUAGAAUCAAUAACUGAAGAAAGAAAAGCUGAAGAACUUCAAGAGACAUCUGAAGUUGUGCAAAAUAAGGAUCAGUUGCAGGAAAGAGGAAUUUCCCAGGAAGAAAUGGAGCCACACCGUGUAAAUUCUGACAUGCAAUUGUCACAGGCCCAAAAUGAAGAAGUAGAUGAGCAAGAUGAGGCAAAAAUUACACAGACGAAUCAGAAUGAGAGCCAUGAUAUGGAAGUAUCAUUGGGGUUGUUAGGUCAAAAGUUUAUACAUGAAAUGAAAGAGAAAAUCAGAGACAUGGAGAUGAUCGCUUCUGGAGGUGAAACCAACGAGGCAGAAGCAAUAAUGACAGAUGAGGCAGACGCCAGAAUGAAUGUGGAUGAGGAACAAAAGCGAAUGGAGGAACAUAAUGAAUUUAAUGAAAUGAAGCAAGAGAAGCAAACCUUUGAAGAUAAUAUGCAGAUUGAUACCUGUCAUGGCACUUUAACCAAGCAUAGUCCAGAUAAUGUCCUGGAGGAUGAUAAGUGCCAAGAAAAAUUUGAAAUUUCCAACAAUGAGAUCCCCGAGAAAAUAAUCAUGUCUAAAAUAGGUGUUUCCAUUGAAGAAGCAGCUGGUGAACCACCAGAGAAAACACAAGUACCACAGGAAGAGGGUGAAGAAGUUGUAACAGCUGAGGAAACAAUAGCCAAAAUAAUCACUGAAGAUCCGAGCAGCAUACCACAUUGUGAAGAUGAAAAGGUCCCUGAAAUGGUCAAUGCAUAUUACAACACUGAAACUUCACAGGAGGAUAACCUGAAAAAGGAUGCAAAAGAUACUCCCACUAAUGACACCCCAAACUUGCAUAAGGUAUAUGAUCCAGCAGUCAGAAAACUUGAAGAAACUCCAAGCUGUGUGGCUGAAGAACUAAUUCAGCAAACAACUACCACCAAAGACAACGUAGAUAUACAGCUGUACAAGGAAAGUACGGAGCCUGAGAACCUUGCAGUCAUCUCAAACUCAAUGAACAAAGACCAAAAUGGUAAAUCUGAAGAGCUUAGGUUAGACAACUCAAGAAAAGAUGAUAAACCUCAGGACGAGGGAGGUAUAGAGAAGACCGCAGGUGACAUUCCUGUAACAGUUUGCAAGAAGCAGGAAGACUCCCAUUCUGUUGCUGAAGAACAGAAUAACCAAACUAAAGACUUUGACGACAACAAAAAAGAUGAUGUCAACCGGGAAAAGAUGGAGUCUGAGAACCUUGAGAUUGCACCAGAUUUGGUACAUGAGGAAAAGAUGCAACAAUCAGUGAAUGAAUUAGAAGCGGAAGGGACUCACAACUUCACAAAUGAUGUUAACCACAAUGACAUGGCUUCACAAAUCCAUGUUGUGUUCCAUGACAAUGAAACUGCAAAAGCAAAGAAUGAUAGUAUCUUAGACAAUAAAAUGGAUGAAAAUUUCAACAAGUAUGAAUUGGUCAUGGACGACCUUAUCGAGAAGAAUGAACAGCCAUUAAAUUCAGACAGAAAAACUGAUACUUUACAAGUAUCCAGGGAAAUACUUGAAGAAACUCUACAUAUUAUAAAUGAGAAGCAUGAGGAUGAUAAACAUGAAGUGCGCAGAAACAUGGAUCUGAUAGACCAAGAUCCUAUAUCUGAGACUGUUGAAGAGAUAUGCAGAAUGACUUCAGGAGAACAAAUUCAUGAGGCAAUUGCUGAUAAAAAUAUUAUGAAUUUUGCCAACUCACAGGGCAUAGUAUACAUGAACAAGGAAGUUGGCUCUUCAUCUUUCACACAAAAUCCUCUGGAAGAAAAUACUUUGGGAGCAGCCAUUCUAGAAGAAUCUGAUAAGAAUAUUUAUGAUGAAACAUCAGUUGAGGUAGCUCUGGAAGAUACACAUGAAACAAAAGAAGCUAACAAGAGGAUAGAAGGUUUUGUUUCCACAGAUGAAUUGGCAUAUAAGGUAAGAGGAGUUACCUUUGGUGAGGAGCAAAAGGAAGGUGAAGAGCUAAAUAAAAUAGAUGAACUGAAAGGAGGAGAGGAAACUAUUAAAGAAAUUAGUAGUGCAAUCUCUCCACCAAAUACUAUGGAUGAAUAUUUAGAUCAUGUCCACCAGAAUGACAAGAGUGAAAAAGAGCAUGAGAAUACCGAGGCUGAGGUCCUUGAGACAACCAUCCUUGCAGAAAUAAAUUCUUCCACCAGAGAACUUGUUGAGGAAAAGGAUCUCCCCAACCAGCAAGAGGAAAGCUUUGAAGAAAAGGCUAAAAUAUGGACACCCCAAGAAGAAGCACUAGUUGGAAGCAAUAUUGCAAAAGCAAGUGACAGUAGAGAGAAUGAAGAUGCAAAGAUAUCUGAUAUCAUCCAUGUAAACAUCAACAAGGAACCCACAAGAGACAAUGACAAAGACAUGAACAAUAGCAUUAGUGAUGUACCUGACACAGACGACUUGGUUGGGCAAUACAUACAAGCUGUAAACAAUAACCAAGAAAUAGUCCUGGACUUCAAAUGCAAGGAAAAGAUUGAAGAAGCCAGUCACACAAAAGAGAGCACAGUAGCUGACAACAACAUAGAAGAGGCAUGCCAGAAACUUGAAUCAAUCUCAGAAUUAGUAAACCAAUCUAAGACUCCGGAGGGGACUAGUGAAGUGAUGAUGUCUCAGAACUCAAAAAAUGAUGCCAAUCUUAGUGCUGACAUAAUUGAUGCAAGUGAAAUCACAGAAAACAAAGAAUUUGCUAAAAUGGAACAACCACAAGUCAGCCAAGGCAAUGUUGACAUAUUGGCAACUACGGAGGCUUCAAUUAUCCAGGACCAGAUGAUUAGCAAAUAUGAUGAAGGAAUUUGCAGUAUGCAACAUAAAGAGGAUAGCCUACAAUCAGAAGAUGGCAUUCAAAACACUAACAUGGAUAAAGGUGAGGAUGAGAAAGACACCAUUGAAGUUUCACAUGAAGAAGAGAACUUGGGAGGAGACUGCCACAUUGCAGGAUCCGUAAAUACAAGAGAUAACAUACCUAGAGCAGUGUCUGUAGAUGAAUCUCAUCCAACACCAACUGCAGAAGACAAAACCUUUCAGGAUCAAGAAAUCACAGACACAGAAGGCAAAAAGAAAAAUGUGAUUUGGACAGAGGAUGAAAGUGAAGAUAGCAACUUUGAUGCUUUUUAUGCACAGUUACCAAGGCAGGAAGACUCAGGAGUUGAAGAAGAAAAUCAUGAAAACCUUGAAUUGACAUUUGAACUGGAGAAAAAUAAGGAUCAGGACCAGGAAACUUUAGAUGUUCUGGAUGAAAUGGGCCUUCAUAGUGUAGAGUCUGACAUGCAAAUAUUCAAUACUCAAAAAGAGGAAGUAAAUGACCAGGAUGAAGCUGAUGACAAUCAUAUGCAAAUGAAUCAGACUGAGUGCCAUGAUGUGGAGGUAUCAUCUGAGGUGAUAGUUCACGAGGUUGUUUUGGAAGAUAAAACAGAUGAGGCAGAAGCAAGAAUGAACCUGGAUGAGGAGAACAAAAAAUACAAUCAAGAUAAUGAACUAAUACAGGGGAAGGAGGCUUCUGAAGACAAUAUGCAGGUUAAUGCCUGUGAUGGCGCUCCAAUAAAUCAAACUCUAAAUGACACCCUGGAGAUAGACAAAUGCAAAGAAAAUAUUGAAAUUUCCUCCAUCGAGAUCACAGAGAAAACAAUCGAGUAUGAAAUAUAUGCUUCUAUUGAAGAAGAUGCUGCUGCUGCUGAAAAGGAACAUUCAGUUAAAUCAAAACUACCUCAAGAAGAGAGUGAAGCAGUUCUAACAACUGAGAAAGCAGUAGCCAGAAUAAGCAUUGAAGAUCCAAGCAGCAUACCAGAUAAUGAAGACGAAAAGGUAUCUGAUGUCAUCCAUAUAAACAACGACAAGGAACCCACAAGAGACACUGACAAAGACAAGAACAAUAGCAUUAGUGAUGAACCUGACACAGACGACUUGGUUGGGCAACACAUACAAGCUGUAAAUAAUAACCAAGAAAUAGUCCUGGACUUCGAAUGCAAAGAACAGAUUGAAGAAGCAAGUCACACAAAAGAGAGCACAGUAGCUGACAACAACAUAGAAGACGCAUGCCAGAAACUUGAAUCAAUCUCAGAAUUAGUACACCAAUCUAAGACUCCGGAGGGGACUAGUGAAGUGAUGAUGUCUCAGAACUCAAAAAAUGAUGCCAAUCUUAGUGCUGACAUAAUUGAUGCAAGUGAAAUCACAGAAAACAAAGAUUUUGCUAAAAUGGAACAACCACAAGUCAGCCAAGGCAAUGUUGACAUAUUGACAAAUACGGAGGCUUCAAUUAUCCAGGACCAGAUGAUUAGCAAAUAUGAUGAAGGAAUUUGCAGUAUGCAACAAAAAGAGGAUAGCCUACCAUCAGAAGAUGGCAUUCAAAACACUAACAUGGAUAAAGGUGAGGAUGAGAAAGACACCAUUGAAGUUUCACAUGAAGAAGAGAACUUGGGAGGAGACUGCCACAUUGCAGGAUCCGUAAAUACAAGAGAUAACAGACCUAGAGCAGUGUCUGUAGAUGAAUCUCAUCCAACACCAACUGCAGAAGACAAAACCUUUCAGGAUCAAGAAAUCACAGACACAGAAGACAAAAAGAAAAAUGUGAUUUGGACAGAGGAUGAAAGUGAAGAUAGCAACUUUGAUGCUUUUUAUGCACAGUUACCAAGGCAGGAAGACUCAGGAGUUGAAGAAGAAAAUCAUGAAAACCUUGAAGUGACAUUUGAACUGGAGAAAAAUAAGGAUCAGGGCCAGGAAACUUUAGAUGUUCUGGAUGAAAUGGGCCUUCAUAGUGUAGAGUCUGACAUGCAAAUAUUCAAUACUCAAAACGAGGAAGUAUAUGACCAAGAUGAAGCUGAUGACAAUCAUAUGCAAAUGAAUCAGACUGAGUGCCAUGAUGUGGAGGUAUCAUCUGAGGUGAUAGUUCACGAGGUUGUUUUGGAAGAUAAAACAGAUGAGGCAGAAGCAAGAACGAACCUGGAUGAGGAGAACCAAAAAUACAAUCAAGAUAAUGAACUAAUACAGGGGAAGGAAGCUUCUGAAGACAAUAUACAGGUUAAUGCCUGUGAUGGCGCUCCAAUAAAUCAAACUCUAAAUGACACCGUGGAGAUAGACAAAUGCAAAGAAAAUAUUGAAAUUUCCUCCAUUGAGAUCACAGAGAAAACAAUCGAGUAUGAAAUAUAUGCUUCUAUUGAAGAAGAUGCUGUUGCUGCUGAAAAGGAACAUUCAGUUAAAUCAAAACUACCUCAAGAAGAGAGUGAAGCAGUUCUAACAACUGAGAAAGCAGUAGCCAGAAUAAGCAUUGAAGAUCCAAGCAGCAUACCAGAUAAUGAAGACGAAAAGAACCCUGAAAUACUCAAUGCUUAUGACACUGAAACUGCAAAAGAGGUUCACUUGAAAAAGAGUCUAGAGGAUAAUCCCACUAACAAUGUCCCAAUUCUGGAGAAAGUAUAUGAUCCAGUGGUCAGAGAACCUGAAGGAACUCCAUGUUGUGUGGCUGAAGAACUAGCUUAUCAAUCAACCACUACCAAGGACAAUAUGGACAUACAAAUGUACCAGGACACUACGAUGGCUGAGAAGAUUGCUAUCAUCUCAAAUUCAAUGAGUGAAAAUCAGAAUGGUAAAUCAGAAGAGACUAGUUUUGACAAUUCAAGUAAAGAUGAUAAACCUCAGGAUGAAGAAGGUUUGGAGAAGAACAUUGGUGAAGUUCCUGAAACCUGGAUCACAAAUGAUGAAAUCCUCAACAAUAUGGCUUCUGAAAUCCACGUUGUGAACAAUGAUCAAGAAACUGCAACUGCAAUUCAAGAAGACUCCAUCAGUUAUGUUGCUAAUGAACAGAUUAACCAAACUACAGACACUGAUGACAAUAAAAAAGAUGAAGCCUACAAGGAAAGGGUGGAAUAUGAAAAGAUUGAGCUUACAACGGACAUGGCACAUGAGAACCAGAUGCAACAAUUAGAGACUGAUGAUAACCUCAACAAUAUGGAGGCUUCUGAAAUCCAUGAUGCGAACAAUGACCAAGAAACUGCAACAGCAAAGAAUGACAAUAUCCUAGAAGAUAAAAUGAAUGAAAAUUACAGUAAGCAUGAAUUGAUAAUGGACUGCUUUAUUGAGAAGAAUGAACAAGCCUUAAUCUCAGGCAACAAUGCGGAUACUUCACCAGUGCCCAGAAAAAUGAUUGAAGAAACUUUACAGAUUACAAAUGAGAUGCAUGAAGAUAAUAAAGAUGAACUCUGCAAAGUCAUGGAGCCAGUUGAACAAGAUCCUAUAUCUGAGAAUGGUGAAGAGAUUUGCAGAACAUUUUUGGCGACCAUUCUUGCCGAAGUAAAUGCUUUUGCUGGAGAACUUGUUGAAGGAAAGGAUCUUUCUGAAGAGCAAGGAGAAAAAUUACAAAAAAAGACUGAAAUACCCCAAGAGGAAGCACCAGCUGGAACUAGUAUUGCAGAAGCAAGUAGUGAUACCAAGAAUGAAGAUGCAAAGAUAUCUGAUGCCGUUCAUGUAAACGACCACAAGGAACCCACAAGAGAAAAUGAUGAAGAUAUGAACAAUAGCAUUAGUGAUGUACCUGACACAGAUCAGUUGGUUGGGCAAUACAUACAAGGUGCAAACAAUAACCAAGAAAUAGUCCUGGACUCUGAAUGCAAAGACAGCACAGUAGAAGAGUCAUGCCAGAAACUUGAAUCAAUCUCAGAAGUAGUACACCAAUCUAUAACUCACAAGGGGACUAGCGAAUUAAUAAUGUCUGAGAACUCAGAAAAUCAUGCUAAUCUUAGCCCUGAAAUAGUUGAUGCAAGUGAAAUCAUAGAAAACAAAGAAUCUAGAAUAGAACAACCACAAGUCAGCCAGGGAAAUAUCGACAUCUUGGCAGACACAGAGGCUCCAAUCAUUCAGAAGGACCAGGUGAUGACCAAAUAUGAAGAAGGAACUUGCAGUAUGCCACAUGAAGAGAAUAGUCUUCCAACAGAAGGUGACAUUCAAGACAGUAACCUGGAUAAAGGUGAGGAUGAGAAAGAUACAAUUGAAGUUUUACACGAAAAAGAGAACUUGGAAGGAGACUGCCAGGUCGCAGAAUCAGUUAAUACAAGAGACAACAUACCUAGAGCAGUGUCUGUAGAUGAGUCUCAUCCAGUACCAACUGCUGAAGACAAAACUUUUCAGGAUCAAGAAAUCACACACACAGAAAAUAAAAAGGAAAAUGCGAUUCAGAAAGUGGAGAAAAGUGAUGUUAGCAACUCUGAUGCUUCUUAUUAUUUGCAGUUACCAAAACAGGAAGAUUCAACAACGGAAGAAAGAAAUUCUGAAAAACUUCAGGAGAUAUUUGAACUGGUGCCGAAAACAGAUCAGUUCCAGGAAAAAGUUGCUCUGAAUGAAAUGGAGCUUCAUACUGUUAAGUCUGAUGUGCAAAUAUUCCACACACAGAAUGAGGAAGUAAAUGACCAAGAUAAGGCUGAUGACAAAUAUACACAAAAGAAUCAGAAUCAGAAUGAAGAAACAGAAAAUAACAGAAGCAAGAUAAUGAUUGCUUUGGAAGAUGAAACAGAUGAGGCAGGAGCAAGGAUGAAUUUGGAUGAAGAGAAAAAGAAACAUGAUGAAGACAAUGAACUGAAACAGGAGAAGCAAGCUUCUGAGGAAAAUAUGCAGAUGAAGACCUGUGAUGAAACUCCAACUGAUCAAACCCUAGAUGACGUCCAAGAGAAAGAAGUGUGCAAAGCAAACGUAGAAGUUUCCUCCAUUGAGAUCCCAGAUAAAAUACUCAAGUAUGAAAUUGGUACAUCCAUUUUAGAAGUUGCUGCUGCUGCUGAAAAGGAACAUUCAGAGAAAUCAGAGCUACGUCAAGUAGAUGAAGCAGUUCUAACAUCUGAGAGAGAAGUAACCAGGACAAACACUGAAGAUCCAAGCAGCAUACCAGAUUUUGAAGAUGAAAAGGUUCCUGAAAUGGCAAGUAUUUAUCAUGACAACGAAACUACAAAGGUGAUGGACGGAGGUAACCUGGAACAGAAUGUAGAAGCAGCUCCAACUAGUGAUAUCCCAGUUUUGCAGAGCAUACAUGAUCAAGUGGCUAAAGAAACUGAAGAAAAACUAAACUGUGUGGCUGAAGAACUAAUUCAUCAAACAACCACAACCCAGGACAAUAUAGACAUUGACACAUACAAGGGAAGUGCAGAGGCUGAGAAGCUUUUCAUUUCAAACUCAGUGAAGGAAGAAUGCAAUUAUAAAUCAGAAGAGAUUGACCUAGACAACUUAAGAAAAGAUGACACGACUCAGGUCUAUGAGAUCCACGACAGAGAGAAUGACCAAGAAACUGCAAAAGCAAAGGAUGACAACAUUCUAGAAAAUAACAUGGAGGAUGAUUCCAAUAAGUACGAAAUGGUCAUGGACAGCUUUAUCCAGAAGAAUGAACAAGCUGCAAACUUGGACAAGAACAUUGGUACUUCACUAAUGCCCAAAAAGUUUAUUGAAGAAACUGUGCAGAUUAGAAAUGAGAUGCAUGAGGAUGGUAAUGAUUCAGUAAGUGAAAAUAUGGAUCUAAUUGAACAACAUCUAGUGUCGAGGAGUGUGGAAGAGCUUUAUAAAGCAUUUUCAGGAGAACAGAAUCAUGAGGCGAUUGCUGAUACAGAAAUUACAGAUGUUGUUAACUCACUAGACAAUGUGAACAUGGAUAGAAUAGUUGGUUCUUUAUGCUCCACACAAACCCCUUUGGAAAAAACAACUGGAAAAGCAUCUAGUCCACAAGAAUCUCUUGAUGCAGAUCUAGAGGAUAAACAUGAAAAAGUAGAAGCUAACAAAGGUAUGGAAUGUGUUGUUUCUAAUGAUGAACAGACAAACAAGUUGAUGGUAGAAGGUACUUCUAUUGAGGAGCAAAAGGAAGGUGAAGAGAUCAAUAAGAAAAAUGAAUUGAAUCAACAGGAAGAUUCUUUAAUGAUGGUAGAAGGUACCUCUAUCGAGGAGCAAAAGGAAGGUGAAGAGCUCAAUAAGAAAAAUGAAUUGAAUCAACAGGAAGAAACUAUUAAAGAAGAUAUGGAUAGUGAGAUCUUUCUAGAAAAUACAACUAAGCAAUUUCCACAAAAUGUCAUCAAGAAUGACACGGCUGAGGUCCUUGACAGAACCAUCUCGGCUGAAGUAAAUGCUUCCACUAGAGAACUUACCGAACAAAAGGACCCUACAAAGGAGCAAGAGAAAAGCCUUCAGGAAAAGGCUGGAGUAUGUACACCCCAGGAAGAAGCACAAGUUGGAAUUGGCGUCGCACAUUUGAGUGACAAUCCUGAUAAAAAAGAUGAAAAGGCUUCCUUCAAUUUAACUUCUGUACAGCAAAAUUUGGAAGCUAUAACUGAAACAGAUCCUGCUAAAGUUGUGAUAGCACAAGAUGAUGAUUGCAGAAUGACACAGAAAAUGGAGUUUCAAGCUACAGAAUCUGAAUUAACCACUACAAGUCAGCAUGUAGUAAGAAAAACUACAAAAGAUCAGGAAGCAGUCAAAAACAUUGAUGAAAAGGUUGAAUUGCAACAUGCCAAUUUUAAACACACUGAAUCUUCAGCACAUGGAAAGUUAGAGACAACAACUGAGACAGGACUUGUUGAAGUCGAGCCAUCUUGUGAUGAAAACAUUUCUGAUACAAGAGAAGAUUCUUUAUGUACAAUGGAAGCUUCAGAUAUGAAUACCAUUCAGAUAAACAUCGCUGAAGUAACUUCCGAAGCUCAUCAAAAUGUUUCAAGAGAAGAUAAUGAAACAAAGGAAACAGCUUUGUUGGAGAAUGAAAACAGAAAAGAGCAGGAAGUUGACAAGUGCUUGCCAUCUAACAAAACAAAAAACGAGGAAGAGGAAAGAAAUUAUUUAAACCCUCCUGAGGUGAAAGUUUCUGGGAAAAUCUACACAAAUGAGUGCAUUGAGGACAGAACACAAGAGAAGAAAAUUAAAGAAAGUGGCUCACAGGUUGAAAGCAUGAAGGAUGUGGAAACUGAAAAUGUCCUCAACAUUUUUUAUGCAAUGGAUGAGAUUAACAAGGAAAAUAAGUCAGUAAUGGACGCAGAAAAUAAUGAGGACCAGGAAGAUGAAACAAGAUUAGAAUCAGAGGAAGAUGAAGACAAAGAGGAAGAUAAUAUACAACCAGACAUGAAAGUUUAUGAAGCAGCCACUACCAGUGAGUAUAACGAGGAAAAUAUCAAAGAAAAAACCACUGUAAAAAGUGUUUCAGAAAGUCAGAAGUUGGAGGAUGUGGAAGCCAAAAACCCCAUUUAUAUGGUUCCAGAUGAGCUUGAAAUAGCAGAUAAAGAUACAUGUACUGAUGAACAAAGACAAGGAGAACAACUAAAUCGUGCAGACCUCGAAGAAAAAUUUGAGAAAAAUAAGGAUAGGGCUCGUAAAGCAGUUGAGGAAGUGGGACCAUUCAGUUCUAAUGAGCAAAUUCAUGCUUGUGAUGCAACAGAUAAUUUAAGUCCUCAAGAACAGAUCACGAAAAUAGUGGAUUCAGAUAUGACAAUAGAAGACAAUCACAGAAAGAUGGUUGAUGACCCAUGCAUCACUGCUGAAUUUCAUGAAGAAAUGAAAAAUGUGGCAAAAUUUCUUCCACAAAUGGAAACACUGGAUUUUAAAUCCCUUAAGGAGACAGAAACUUCUGAAAAUUUUGUCUCACAAGAUGUGAGAGGAUCAGGGCAAAAUGAAAUAUCAGGUUUGAAUUUUCAGGAUUAUCCAAGAAAAGUCAUGAAGCUUCAACAACAAUCAGACGAGGAGGUUGACGGAUUGAAGAUAGAAUAUCCAAUUGUAGAAAAUGAGAAUAUCAUACCUGACGACAAUAAUGUUCCAGAACCUGAAGUUUCUGGUGUAAAAGAUGCAGCUAGUGAACAUGUUAAGGAAAACAACGAUGAAUCAAAUGAUAUGGAGCCAAAGGAUAUGUUGGAGGCUAAGAGAUCUGUUACUAUACCACAACAGAGCCAGAAGAAAAUGAUCAACAAAUCUGACAACAUCUCAUCAGAUCAAGGUCCCAUUAUCAUGGAUCCAUCAGAGAAGAGAGGAACCACAACAUUAAUAGAUGAGGAAGAAAGGAAUGGUUCAUUUGUCAUAAUUGAGACAGAUGGAGAAGUCAUAAAAUAUGGAGACAAGGAUCUUGAUGAAGUUUCUGAGUUUUUGUUCAGAGAAUCCACUGAGGGGAAUAUUGAGACCCAAGCAAUGCAUGUAGAAGCUGCAAAUGAUGUUGGUAUAAAUGAGACAGGUGAAAAGUGUCAUGAUGAAACCUCCAUCUCUCUGUUGCCAUCUGAGGCCAUUGUAACCAGAGACCAAGACGAUAGGGUGAAUCUAGAAGAAACUUUGAAGUCAGAAUCUGAUGUAAGCAUUGCCGAAAAGGAUGACCAUUCAGUGGAAUUCAGAGAGAAUAAGGAACUUUUAGGAAACUUAUCCACCACACAAGCAACAGAAACAAGCAUAUUAGAAGAUGAAAAGGAUAGAUUGGAAGAAGCAGAAGGACCAAGUUGUGAAGUUGCAGGCUUGAAUAGAUCAAAAAGUGAGGAGUAUGAACUAAUUGACCAUGAUGAUUUGCCUGUGUCACAUUUGAUGGAAGGAAUCUUGCAAGGUAAACGUGCCAAGCUUGGUGGUGUGGAGGCUGAAGCUAAGGUAGAAGAGAACAUCUCUGUUCAAAGCCAUGACACCAGCAUCCCAAAACAAGAUAGCAUUUUGGUCUCACGGUCAACUGAACAUGUCAGAGAAGAUACAAGCACAAAGGAAGACAAAGUUGGUAAAAAAUUUGAAGACAGUUCAGGUCUAAUGCUAGAAUGCAGCCAUGACAAUGUUAUUGGAAAUAAUACAAAAGAGUUGAUUAUAACGGAGGAUGACAGGCCAGAAAGAAAUACUAAUGAUGAUUCGCCAGCAUCAAAAGUGGGCGGAAAUGUAUACGAGGACUUCUCAAAAGCAGAUUCUUUGCAUCAUGAUGAGAAGAUUCAGACAAGCAUUAUUGGAAAGACCAGCGGAAUCCCAAUGCACGAGAACAAGGAGAACAAAAUGGAUAUUUUUUCAAAAGAAGGUGGAAUAGAAGACAUGAGAAUUUUUAAGGGAGUUGAAAAGAUAGACCAAGAUUCCAAUGCACUGUUACAUGAACAACUAGCUUUCACAUCUGAACCAGAUGAGGAUGCAAAGAUUUUGGAUAAUGGUGAACAAAGUCAACUGAAUCUUCAAACUGAUGAAAUUGGGAAGUACGACUCUUUGAUCAUAGAUAAUACAAUAGAAGGUACAAAGAUUCAGUCCAAAGGUGUAAAAAUUGAGUCAAGCAGAGAGGAUCAAGAUGCAAUAAAUGAACUUCGAAUUCAAAAUGUGAAAAGUGAUCUAAAUGAACAAUACAUGUCAAUUGACUCACAUGAGGUCCAGAAAUUAGAUACCUUUGUGAAAUCUACUGAUAAAGUUGUUCAGGAGGAAAAGUUCAAGGAGGAAAUAAGCCCAAAAGUUCUCAUGGAUGAAAGGCAAACUAACAAGACAACAGACACCCAAUUGGAUGAUGAUAAAACUGAUGAAGAAAAUGAUGAGAAGGAAGAUGAAGAUGACCAUAAAAUAAUGGAGUCUAGCCAUGAUUCAGCAGUUCCUGUGGAAGCCCGAGAUGCAGUGCUGAAGCCAGCACAUAAGAAAUCUCAUAACAUUUUAUCAGGAGUGACGGUCGCUGUGCAGCACCGCUGCCAAUGGCAGUCGCAGCAACCUCGCUGCGUCCGGCCGCUAGAGAGGAUCUGCUGGCGGCAGCGCAUGCACACCGCAGCAGCAACAGCGACCGCCCGCGGCGAGCCGUACGCCGCGAUUGACCGCGGGUCGUGCGCCGGGCUGGACGCGCAUCGCGGCAGCCGCACAGGCGGCAGCGCGCACACGCGACGACCGCAUAGAGGCGGCCGCGCGCGGGUAGAGGCCGCGUCCAGGCAGCAGCCGCGCACAGGCGGCGGCAGCGCGCGGGCAGCAGCCGCGUCUAAGCGGCAGCCUCGCGCGGGCAGAGGCAGCGCCCAGGCGGCGGUCGCACAGGCGGUAACCGGCCGCAGGCAGUGGCCGCCCUGGCGGCGCCCGCCCGCGCGCAGGGGCGGCAGCAGCCGGCAGGCAGACGCCCCUUAUACAUUUUUUUAA